AACGACCUCGUUUAGGAACGAACUUUCGAACAGUCUUGGUCAAACGCUGUGACUAGUUUUUCUGGCUCCUGAGAUCUGAGUACUUCUGACCAAUUCGGAAUUCUUCGGGAUCGUCUUCUUCAUUAGUAUCAUUACGCACAAGCUGUCAUCAUGAUUGACGAUCAGGACCUUGGCUUCUUUGCGUCUUUCCUUGGAAUCUUCAUUUUCGUUCUGGUUGUAGCGUAUCAUUACGUGAUGGCUGACCCAAAAUAUGAAGGCAAUUGAGGGUUGUUUUGAACAAAAUUUUUUAAAGUGUCUCCAAUGGACAUUUAGAUGAUUGUUUUUGUGGACUGAUUUGUUUCAGAAAUGGAAACCUUCGACAAAUUAUUGCUAUAAAUGUCAUCUUAUUGUUUAUGUUUUGCUUGAGGUUUUUUUAUAUAUGUUUAUAUUGUUUUUGCUUUACAUGGACAAGUUCUCUAUUGCUUUAGCAGCAAUUGAUGGACACUGAGUUCCCCAAGCAACUUCUUUAAAGAUAUAGUUCAGCUUCAGCACUUGAGGCAGCAUUCUGCUGGACAUAGCUAAUGUCUUGGAGCUGAAAGUGGGAGGUGGCAUUGUAAAGGAGGGUGGUCGAUCAUGUGGUCCAUGCUGUUUCAAGUACAGUCUUAGAUUCCUGAAGAAUUCUGUAAAUUGCACUGAAUCCUCCUGUACUCACAUAGAUUUUGAGAAGCCUAGUUCACAUAUUCAAUUUUGUUGGCUCUUUAUCUACUUCCAGAGGAAAAAGAAGAACGAAUUGGUUCUGAAUUAUUGAUAUAGCAAUUGAGAUCAGGUAUUCUUUGUGUACAUGAGGUUGUGGGUAGCUAGUUGGCUGCAAAGCCUCUCCCUUUGUGUAGCUAGCAAGUGUUGGACUAGUGUUGCGGGCUAUAUAUUUUUCAUGUGGCAUUGAGCUUAGAUAGCAGUUCAUGGAAAUUUACAUGCCUUGCUGGAUUCUCCCAUUUCAGUAGGUUUGCUAUUUCUCUACUUAUUUCUAUGGCUUCUAUCUUUAAAUUAUGAAUGCUGAACCCUAGGCUGCUUUGGCAGAGAACCAUUUGGCUCUUAAGCUUCUCUUCAACUUAAUUACCCUCGGUUUUAUUGGCAACUCUCAUCGUAUGUUGAAGAAAAGACUUUCUAGUCUCCGCAAUGUUGUUUUCUUUAGGCGCCAAACAUUGUAGAAACUUCUGCAUUUGGUGAUUUUUCCAACUCGUGGUCAUGGGAUAUGUUUUUCAUUUGCAGCUCUUUUUCAAGCUCUGCUAGGGACUUGAUCAGUAACACCUCAUCCAGGCAUUUCAGAAAAGAGCCAGUUUUGUCUGUUCGAGAUCAUUGUUUAUCUGUUCCAGGAUCUCCUCCCAAGUAAUUCCCAGCCUUUGGGAUGCUUGUGAGAGAUUCAAUUUGAUGGAACGUCAGGGGUAAUAAAUCUGCCAUUUUGUAAAUAGAGCUUAGAAGCUUAUUGUAGCAACCACAAUGAAAGGCAGGAACCAUAAAUUAGGCACCAACUCAGCCUCUGCAAUGAAAUUAUCCAAUUCACCGACAUGAAUCUAUUACUUGAAAGCAAUCUUGAAGCGCUUCUAAGGUCCCUGAAAGUUCUAAUUUUGCUAGGAUGGGUGGCAGAUCUUGUUGGAUGCUAGAGAAUCUCCACUGUGAUGAAACAUAUUAACCCAAUUGUACCCUCUGUGGUUCUAGUAAUUGCAAAUUCGCUUGGAGUGCCAUAAUUUUUCCUUCCCAAGAUCAGUAAUGCCACCUAUAACUGCUGCAAUCCCAUCGCCACCGGUUUUGGCCAGACAUGCGACCAUGCCUCAUGAAAAUGAUUCAAGGAAGUACAGUAAGAACCUUAAAUCCGUAAGCAUUUGAAAAAUAAAGCAACAUAGUAUUCUAUUUCAUAUACUGAUGCCCCCCAGUACUCAGGCAUUAGCCAUUGUGAAUGUUGCUUGUGGCCCUGUUACAAAAAGUUAUUGUAACGGUUAGACCUAGAGAAGGUGAGCACUUGAUUGCAAAAACCAAAAUUUCAGUGCCUAGCUGCUGGCUGAAACUCAGCAGAUUGCAUCAGAUUUGUUCCACUCUACUUUUUUCCUUGCUUCUUUGGCUGAUUUGAUUCUUCCAUUCUUUACGAUGCACUCAGGACCAUCUUGAAGGAGUUAUAUCCAGUACAAGAAGAAGGGUGACAGAUCUUCAUGGAUUGUUGAAAUGGCUUCAUGGAUUCUCACGUCGUCUCUGGAGCUGUUUCUGCAUCAGAAGGCAUGGAAUAUGUGGCUUGUUCGACUUGUUUUUCUCUUGCGUGUUGCACAAAAGUAAAAGCAGGCUAAAAAUCCAAGUCUUUGUCUUUGAUUUUAUGUUUUCUUUUUCUCCACGGAAUCUUCCUGGACGGUGACGGUCCAAUGGGAACAACCGUAACCAAAUGCCCCAUUCCUUCAUGCAUUCUUUUCAGCCACUGAGCGUUCGAUCUGAACGGACGGUCUAGAUCCCAUAAAAU